CCAGAGUCCAUAUUAAAGACUCCCGCGGUCUCAAUUAUUAUCUGAACUUUUGUUUUCCAUUUUUUUUUUUUGUAUUUUUUUUUUCACAUUAUCUGACAACAUGAGUCGAAAGAGAGACAAACCCUACUUCUUCAGCUACAACCCCGCUUCCAUCUCAAAGAGGCGUCGUCCUCCGCCACCUCACCCGGCGCCACCAACUGAGGAUGAGGACAAUUCAGCAAUCAAGCCAACGCCACCAGCUGUGGUCAUCAUGGGUCUUCCCCCAAACUGCUCGGUACUUGAUUUGAAGUCGAGGUUUGAGAUCUACGGGUCAAUCUCCCGUAUACGCAUCAACCGUGAUGCUGUCGGUUAUAUAGCAUAUCGCUCCAAGGAAUCCGCCGAGUCUGCCGUUGCCGCUUCCCUUGAUUCCUCUUUCGGUAUUACCAUUGAUUCUAAAAAGGUUCAAGUUUUGUGGGCAACAGAUCCUUUAGCUCAAUGCACAGACGGGGUAGGGAUUGGUGUUAAUAAGGAUAAUGGGUCAUCGUCUUCGUCGAAGCUUUUGCGGCCUGAGGUGCCUUUGAGCAGGCAUGGAAGAGGUACUAAGCUUGCAUCAGCAAUUGUCAACCAUAGAAGUACUGAUGAUGGUUCUUCGAUGUUAGAAGUGCCUUUUAAAGGUAGAGAAAUUGUUGCCUAUGAUGAUAUUCUGUAAUGCAGGACUAGGUGUUUGGGAAUCUGUCCACAUUGUAAAAUAGUGCAAGUUUGAUCUUAGCUCUUUUUUAUCUCUCUAAUUUCUAGAAUCUAAUAUUUAUUAGGCUGGAAAUGGUUUGUGUCUUGGAGUUGGAGAAAUGAGUGGAAGGAAGGGUGUGGUUUUGGUUUAUGGUUUCUAAUGAUAUUACUAUUGUGCCAUUGAAUGAGUGUUUUUUUAAUGAUAUUCCUAUUGUGCCAAUGAAUGCAGUAUUUUUUUUUUAUGGCACUUGAAAUAUUUAUUUGAAUUCAACAAAGAGUAUACCAAGCAAAUCUAGUAAUUUCGA